GCUCAUGAGAAUCCACAGACGAGCCCGCUUACCUCGGGAAUACAUUCUUCAUCCUCCAAGGAAUAACAGACCUGACAAUGCUGAACAUCGCCAUGUUCUCUACCGCAUGCCUCAUUCUUGUGGGCUGCAUCAAAGCAGCAUCCACCGGUUCUGCGGUGCUCAACUCCAACGCUAUUAAGGCCGGUUCAGGUGCGGCGAGUACCGGUCAUACGGUCAGCCCGAGUCUGGAGGAGUCACCUGCGGACAGCGGCAGCCUGAACUUCGCUCUCGAUACACCACAGCCUUUAAUCUGCGAGAGUGAUGAGGAAUGCGGUGGCGACGAGUUCUGCUUCCUGUCUCGCGGUGUCUGUCUCCAGUGCAAGAAGCGCAGGAAGCGUUGCAUCCGGGAUGCGAUGUGCUGCCCUGGCAACCACUGCAGCAACGGAGUUUGCCUUCCAAAUGAUCCUAACAUGAUCCACCAGAUUGGAAUGGAAGAGUUUGUGUCCAUCUCCCAAGAAAACUCAACUGUUGUGAUGCCACCAAAAGUUGCCACUCAAGGUUCACCACAAAACCAAAUGCUAAAAGGUAUAGAGGGAGAGAACUGCCUGAGAUCAUCAGAUUGUGCAGAGGGACUCUGCUGUGCCCGUCACUUUUGGUCCAAAAUCUGCAAGCCCGUCCUAAAAGAUGGCCAGGUCUGCACCAAGCACAAGAGGAAAGGCAACCAUGGCUUGGAGAUAUUCCAGCGUUGUGAUUGUGCAGAAGGUCUGUCCUGCAGAACGCAAAGAGAUGGCAGCAAGUCAUCACGGAGUCUGCACACUUGCCAGAGACACUGAAUAUUCAAGGAAUUUUCUUUCACAAAGCUCCAAGAGAAGCAAAAAAAAAAAAAAACUUGGUGAGAGAAGACAGCGAGUGACUGAGGGGAAGCCAGACUUGGAAUGGGAUACUCUGUUUUUCCUUCAUUUUCUUGUGUCAACAUUGCAGAGUAGAAAUAAUUGUUUCUCAACGGAACUUAAAUCUUGCAGUAAAUUACUGUAUUAGACUGUAAAUAAUAUAAGGCAGUUGGCACUUAAUUCAGAUAUUUUUGUUAACCCUGAAAGAAGGUGCAUCAGUCUUUUGCUAGUUUUUAAUCUAUAAUGUGUAUACAUCUGGUUUUACAGUCAUGUAGAGCUGAUUUAAAUGUCUAUUUUAUUCUAAAUAAAGAUGAUAUAAAGUAUACAA